CUUCCUCCUCGUCCACUACCCCAGCUUUCGGUGCAGCGGUCAAGCAGGCGCCGGCCGUGCAGGUCAAUCCGGCGGAGAAGGAGCCGGACCACGAGGCCGGGGCAGGGGCCGGAUCCUUUGGGUUUGGAGGUAUGGGCAGCAUGUUGGGGGAUAAGAAGGAGGGGGGUGACAAAAAGGAAGCAGCUCAGGGGACGUCCUUCUCCUUCGGCUCUACGCCCACAGCGAGCAAGCCGCAGUCGCAGCAGCAACAGCAGGAGGAGAAGAGUGCUUUUGGGUUCGCAGGGCCAGGCGAGAAGAGGAGCGCAUUUAGCUUUGCACCUCAAGGCGAGCAGAACAAGUCAGCCUUCGGAUUCGCGUCCUCGAGCACGCCAUCAGCCUCAGGGCCAGCCUUCGGUGGAUUUGCAGGGAAGAAAACGGACGAAGCGUCAUCUUCCAGCUUGUCUACCCCCACGUCGUCGGGCGCGCCUGCAGCGCUGCCUUCUAGUUCGUCCCCUGCCGCGUCAACAUUCGGCUUCGCGCCAAGGAAGGAUGGAAUGGAGGAGGAGAAGGAGAAAGACAAGGAGAGUCCGAAGCCCACAUUCAGCUUUGCGUCAAAGAAGGGUGAUGAGCAGGGACAGAGUACCACCGCUACUCCGGCUGCAGGGUUUGGUUUUUCAACGAACAAGGACGAUGUUAAGGCUGCACCACCGACGCCCGCAUUCAGCUUCGCGCCCAAGAAGGACGAUGGAUCCAAGGCUGCGGAUCCUGCUUCUGCAGCCGGCCCCGCGGAGAAACAGGACAACGAGACCAAAGAAGAGGAGAGCAAAGUAGAGCCUGCCUUCAGCUUUGCACCCAAGCCCAAGGAGGACAAGCCCGAGGAGCUGAAGGAGCAGGAGGAGAAGUUCGCUCUGCCAUCUGGCCCCUCAUCGUCAACAUCAAGCGAGCCAGCCAAGCCGUCUGCCUUCAGCUUCGCGCCCCAGAAGGCGGGAGAGACGAGCUCUACUUCAGCGACAGCAGAGCCGGGCAAGCCUGCUCCGUUCAGCUUUGCAUCCAAACCAGCGGAUGCUCCUGCCUCUGGCCCCUCCUCGGCAGCAGCAGCAGCACCUGCGUUCAGCUUCGCCCCGAAGAAGGGUGAAGAGCGCAAGCCCGCAACAACAGAGCCAGCUAAGCCGUCUUCCGCGUUCAGCUUCGCACCCAAGAAGACAGACGAUGCGUCGGCUGCUCCCACGCCAUCAGCCUUCAGCUUUGCGCCGAAGAAGAGCGAGGCCCCACCUUCUUCCUCCUCACCGGCUUCUCCCCUGCCUGAGGCUAGCAAGCCCGCGCCAUUUAGCUUUGCGCCGAAGAAGAACGACUCGGAAGUGGCAGCAAAAGCUGCUUCACCUUCCUUUGGCUUCGGGGCCAAAAAGGCAGAAGAGCCAAGCGUAGCGCCGCCACCGAAAGAUGCACCCUUCAGCUUUGCGUCGAAGAAGGAUGAGCAACCUGCAGCCACGUCGUCAUCGUCGCCUGCUGCUGCCUCGCCUUCCGCUUUCAGCUUUGCGCCGAAGAAAGAUCAGGAGUCCAAGCCUGCGGGUCCACCUUCUUUCAGCUUUGCGCCAAAGCAUGACGACAAGGCGCAGCAAUCCCCUUUCUCCGCUGGAUCAUCAGCGGCUGCACCUGUCGAGCCCGCAAAGAACUCGUUCUUCUCUUUCGCACCGAAGCCGCAAGAGUCGAAGCCUGCGCCCGCUCCUACACCCUCAUUCGGCUUCGCACCCAAGAACGCAGACGGGGCCAAGCCGGCAGCCCCGGCGUCGUUCAGCUUCAACUCCAAGAAGGAAGAGCCCGCUCCACCUUCUCAGCCGCCAGCUAGCCCCACACCAUCUCCCGCGCCCGGCCCCUUCUCCUUUGGUGGUACGUCGGACAAGUCUGCUCCUCCCGCCCAAAGCUCAAGUGCCUUUGCGGGGAAUCGCACUCGCUUUCCCUCUUCGACCACACCGGGCCGUAGCUCGCCACUGGCGGGUAAGCCGAUUCUUCCCCCUUCACCAGACAAGUCUCGCGCUCAGCAACCCGCGCCGGCCUCGCCCUCCCUCCCACCACCUGUGGCACCCGCACCAUCUCUCGUGGCCCGGACCAGAGGCGAGUCGCCUUUUUCUACCCAGCCACCGUCACUCAAUAUCGCCAGUCCGGCGCCACAGCCCAGCCAAUCACAGUCCCAGGAGGAUGCGCUGCGAUCCGAGUUCCUCAAGACGUACCUCGUAAUGGACGAGGAGCUCAACGUGCUCCGCAGCAACAUCCAGCAAUGUGCCGCCUUCCAAUCCGAGAUCCGCGAAGCGCGCGGCGCGUCCACCCUGAGCGACCUAGAUCGCGUGGACGACUGGUCGUUUGGGGACCUCUCGACGCUUCGCAAGCUCGAAGACGAGCUCUCUGUGCAGCUGGAUCGCCUCAAUGCGGACGUUGUAGCACGACAGCGCAGCGUGCAGGAGCUGGAGGCGUCGCUGCUCAAAGCCGAUGCCAAGCGCGAGGAGGCCGCCAGGCUGUUGCGAGCUCAUACUGACCCGGAGUUUGCGAAGCUGGUCCGUGUUCGCCAGCUGGGGCCAGAGCAUGCGGCUAACCAAAAGAAGCUGAGGGCAUUGGAGGCGACGAUCAGUGCGAGGGCGGGGGAGUUGGAGACGUAUCUAUCUGACGUAAAGACGCGGGUCCGCGAAGCAAAGAUGGGAAGCGCAGCAGGGCGCAAGAGUGCGGCGCCUAGCCUCGACUCGAUUCAGCGGACCGUAAGGAACAUCUCGGUGACGGCGACGACGAAGAGCUUGGAGCUCGACGAUCUAGCCACUGAGUUGGAGAUGCUUCGUGGACGAGGCAGCGAGGAGUGGGGGAGCAGGAGCAGGAGUCGCGGACCAACUUCGACUCCGACACCGACUCCUGGCCGGUUUACCUUUGAUGACGACAACGACGAGAGCGAUACGGAAAGGCCCGUCGUGACACCUCGGCGCUCCACGCCGCGGGUAGACCCCUUUGGCACCAGGACACUCAACGACGCCCUUCCACGGGGGAGCACGCCGUCCGCUUGGGCGAGUGCGGGCGGGCCCAACACCGCAAACGCCUCCGCCUCUACCUCUCAGCAGCCUCGCAGCGUCUCUGCAGCGAUGAGGAAGACGAUCCUCACCGCUCGCCGUGAGCCUGUUCUGACAUCGUGUAAGACACCGGGACAGGAGAGGGACUUCCAGGCUAGCGAUCUACAGAUGGCGUUCGCGAGGGGACCGGUCAAGGUUCGGGCGGAGAGGAAGGUGGAUACGCACAAGCCCGCGUCAGGGUCCCAGUCGGCUCUUCAGCCACCUUCGCACGCAGCCGCUCAGCAGCCAGAAGCUGCAGCCUUGCCUCCCUCUGCUCCCUCUCCAGCCGCACCACCCUCCUCUUCCUCCUUUUCCCCAUCAUCCCCGCUCCCAUCAGCCGCGCCCCCAAGCAAGGCUCAGGCGAGCCCCUUCUUUGGCUUCAACUCCACUUCCAACUCCAAGUUCAAACCCUCCCCCUCGACGACGACCUUCUCCAUGCCCCCCUCCUUCGGUGUCAAUCUAGGCGACUCGUCCACCUCCAAGCCCUUCACCCCGGGAGGACAGCUCGCCUCGCGUAAAUCUGAAGCGGCAGCCACCGCGCAGACGCAGGGUGGCGGUGGCGGGCAUCACAAAAGCUUCGCAGUUCCCUUCGCCGGGAAGCCCAACGUGGCUGGUGCCAGCGAUUUCUUUGCCAGGCCAGCAGCUGCAACUACGCCUGCGGCUCCGGCUGCGGCUGCGGCUGCGCUUGCUGUUCCAACAGAGAAGGAGGAGAAGGAGCAGGAGCAAAAGGCCCCCGUCAAGCUUAAGAGCCCAACGACGUUCAGCUUUGGUGCUCCGAGGGCCACUCCUGCCGCGGGUGGGUUCAGCUUCGGAGCCCUUUCAGCUGGCACGGGAGCGGGAGCGGCGGGGCAGGGGGCGAAGGGAAGCACCACCACGCCGCCGGGCUCGCCGUUCAAGCUUCCGCCACCCGCUGCGCCUGCUACUACAGCCUUUCCGGCUGCGGCGGCGAAGGAGGGGCAGGAUACGCCCAAGUCGUCAGCUGGGGGCGGAGGGUGGAUUGGUGCUGGUGAUGGGGUGGAGGAGGAGGAGGAGCAGGGAGAUGCGCACGAUGAUCAGGAGGGAGAAGAGGAGGAGUGGGAUGAGAAGAGGGCGAGGAGGAUGAUCAGGAAGACGGUGAGGAGGAGGAUGGGGAGGGGCAAGAAGAGGGAGAUGAGUGGGGCAAUGACGAGUCGAAUGGCGAUGAUGAGGACUACGAGCAGGGCCAAGGCGAGGAGGAAGAUGAGCCGGAGGAGGAGUAUGAUGAAGGGAACGAAGACGAAGAAGAAGGGGAAGCUCAGGCCUCGUCAUGACGCCUUCUCUGUGCUCUCCUUCCUCUCACUCAACUCCAAGUCCCCACCAUCCCGAACCGUCAUUGUCAGAGCUAUGCCCGCAUCUAUUACUUGGCGUCCCAAAUGACAUUAUCACGUCCCCACGGGCCCGUUGUUUCUCGUCUCUGUCACCCGUGCUCAUCUAUCUAUCUUCUCCUCCCCUCCCCCCUGCCCACCUUCUCCACCUACUGCGCUCGCCGCCUUUUCUUCCAUGG